GGACGAACCAUGUGCCUCGCCGCCUUUUGGAAAUUUGCUGUUCAGGGGAUAUUCGUAUGUCGCUCCAGAUUUGCUUUCGUCCAAGGUUACCAACAAAAACAAGUUCAUUCCGAUCCACAAUACCCGACCGAGCGAUAGACUUAUCAAGCGACUAGCAUCGAAACAAUCAAAGUUCUUCCAGAAGUACGUGUUGACACGCGACCCAACGAUCGGUACAGGAACGUAUUCUACCUGUCUAAGGUGCCGGCCGCUGCAGCGGGCUAGUGAAGACGACAAUACCAAUUAUGCAGUUAAGGUACUGUUCAAUCACCCGCAAACCGCCGAGUACGUAGAGCAGGAAGUACGGGCCUUGCAAAAGUGUCAAGGUCAUCCAAAUGUAGUGCGUUUCGUGGAAGUGCUGGAGGAUCGCUAUUACAUCUAUUUAGUGCUGGAGCUGCUGGAAGGAGGUGAGCUCCUGCAGCGCAUUAAGCAAAAACAGCAUACACUGACCGAGGGGCAGGUGCGUGGCUACUUCCGGCAGCUGGUGGAUGCGGUUUCAUUUCUGCAUCGAAACGGAAUCGCUCACCGCGAUCUCAAACCGGAAAAUGUGUUAUUCGAAAGCGCGUCGUCCGAGCGGUUGAAGAUUAUUGAUUUUGGUUUCGCACAAACGUGCCGCGAGAAUGGUGACCGAUCUUCGGCAUUACCAUCAUCGUCCUCUACAUCCUCAAAACCAAUCAUAUCACCGUCCUGGAUACCAGCAGGCACGCUCGGCUAUGUCGCUCCGGAAGUGCUGCAUCCAAGCGAUGCUUAUGCCCUAGAGUCGGCUGACCUCUGGUCGCUGGGCGCUAUACUCUAUACGAUGCUGUGCGGGCAGGCACCGUUCAUACCGCGAGAGUUCUUUGGUCACAAUAAUCUCAAUUCGCAGGCAAAGCUGAAGGGCAUCAUAAUGGACAAGAUCAAGCGAGGUUCGUUUGAUCUCGCUGCGAUGCCGUGGCGUCACGUCAGUGAGGAUGCAAGGGAUCUCGUCAAUCGAUUGCUCACCGUUAACCCGGACUAUCGGCUUACGAUGGAAGAUGUGAUCGAGCAUCGGUGGCUUGACGAAGGAAAGGAAGAAGAAGAGAUACGAUGCCAGAGGAAGCAACCCUUUAUCACAUCAUCAUCUGCUUUCGUCGAUCACUCCUUGGCGCUCACCAACCAAUCAAUCGAGCAGCUGGAGACGAACGUUUGCCACGUCUACGAUGCAUUCCGACGGAUCGAGCGACAAGGAUUCCGAUUACGCGAGAUUCCAAAGCCACGCGUUUCACCACCGGAUCGGAGUUGCGUUACCUCACACGGCAAUGGCUCUGUCGCGUCAUCAUCGAUGAGCAGCACCGCACCUAAUCGAACAACGUCGCAUAAUGGAACUGAGGUAGGGUAUAGAGGAUCGUGCCACCCCCACACAAACCAUCCGGAUCGGAUAGGUGCACAAACGACGAAAUCGAUUGAGUACAGCAGUUCGAUGGAAGAAAGCACCUCGAGCGGUAUUGGUCGAAGCAAAAGCAGCAAAAGCAGCCUCUCGAUGUCGGGCGGAGGUAGUCCGGAGCGUGUAAUCGUGAUUGAGGACGAUGAUGAGGCAGAAGUCACGACGACGCAACAUAUCGUGCCAGCAUUUCAACCAGAUAUCACCAAGCAGGAGCUGGAAGAAGAUGACGAUAUUUCUCCGGUUGUUGCUGUGGACGAUGCUUCGUCAACGUAUAUCGGUACAGCACCAAUCACAACACCAGAACAAGCAGUGUUGCUGCAAGAUGGGUUAAUUUCGGUGCAAGAAUCAUCAGAGAAAAUCCAAGAAAUACUAGAAGAAAAUGCCGAAAGUACGGAGGCAAUUGAUGAAAUUGUGUCUGAUUUUGAAGGGGAGGAGGAUGAAGCCGAUGAAGAGAAGAAGAAAGAACAAGAAGAGAAACAGAAAGAUGAAGAGGAAGAGCCUCAACAAGAUGACCUCUAUGUCGCCACGAACCCGACGCAUCAUCAAUGGCGGCUUUCGGGGGAAGCACAGAGUCCCGCUAUUAAUCUACCUCUACCAAUCGCCUCACUAAUCAGUCAUGAGAGCAAUAAUAACAAUCUGCUGGCUAGAAAGAUAGAGAACCCCGAGAUAGUGGAGGUAGUGCAAUAUGAUAACAGGAUAGAAAGCGACAAAAAGGAACAAUCGUUCAGCAGCGACACUUCUGUGCAACAGUCUACAGUUUCUCCGGGGCACAUACAAACGCUAGAAGGCGCCGACACACGGCAAAGUCCCGAACAACGCAAGCGGAAGUUUGUUAGUCCGGAAUCAUCGAUGCAGCAUAAGUUGCAGGCUAACAGCGACGAACUGGAAGUCACAUCUGCUAACUCGCAGCCUGCCGCAUCAGAGCAGCCGAAGGACAGUCCUGGUGCGAAAUAUUUGCCAGAUAACAUGCUAGAGUGCGGGUUUAAGGGGAUGGAUGCAGAUGAUAUCUUUAGAGGAUAUAACGAGGACAUAAACAACUGUCUGUUUCGCGGUUACAUGCCUGAUACCAAGGAAGUGUAUCGACUUAAAAUACCGUCAAUCUAUUCCGAACAUCAAGCUCCACCGGCGAAACGUGGUCGAAUUGCGGCUCGGCGACAGGAAAUUUGUUCAAGGGCAGACUUGGUGCGACCCGAAAUUCUACGGAAGUUACAACCAGCUUCUUACAACUAUAACCGACCCUAUACUAGACGCCAAGUGAAGACUUUCUAAGCUUGGAGUAUCGCCGAAGAAGAGCAAGGGAGUCUUCUGGGCUGGGUGGAGAGAUAAAGAGAAAGUAAAUUUUCAUAUAUCAAUUGAACACUUUCGACUUAUGUAGCGAUACACAAUGUACAUACUUGAAUAGUGCCGAAGUUAAUAUUAAUUUAUUCCUCAUUUUCUAUGGCAUCGCCAAAGUUUUCGCUAAUCGAGGGCCCAGGAAUUGCCUCAGUAGAUGCUUGUCUCCCUUUGUUGUUCUGUUUAUUCUAUUUCAAUUUAAACUGUUUGUACAACAAGUUACUUUUCUUUUUUGAACUUUUUUCAAACAGACUACUCUUACUGAUUAACCGUUAAGAGAACGUUGCGUUAAAUGUUUCAUUACACCGUGCAUCGCUCUAGAACGAUCGGAGUAGGACGUAGAGAGCAUUAUUCGUCGAAAAGUAGUUUUAUUUUGAUAUCGCUUAUUUUGCAAUAUUAUUAGUAUCACGAACCACAGGACACCAGGAUACUAGAGUUGCAUGUACUAGUGGCGUACACAAAUAACAAAAUUCAUUAGCCACAAAUUGUUCUGUAGUUGAUGUACAUUGUUUGCAUAGUUUAGGCCAUCCUGUUGUAAAUAGUUAAGCAUUUUCUAUGCCACACACAUUACGGUAUCUUGGUACAGGUCCAUAGAAGGAGGCUUUCUUGAAACAAGCAUGUGGUUUGUACGUUAAGAGUUAGGAAUAGUUAAAAAGGUACACCGACCAAACACAAGAAGCCAGAGUGCGCCAGGUUUUUUAAAUAGAAAAAAAAUGAAAAAAGUGCACUUAAUAAGGGGUACCCGAGUUCGAGCGCGCGAUAAUCCAUUAACAGCAUCAAUUGCUGCUACCCUUGUGUAAUACUACAGCCGUUGUUCGGGCUAUGCUUGCUUUCGAACGACGACGAUUGGUUUUGGUGUGAAUCUCACCAUGGUUCUAACUCGAAGUCACAUGAGGGAGACGUAUGGCCGCGCUCCUCCGGAGAAAAUUUUUCCUUUGUUUCAUGCACUAUUAAUGGUAGGUAUAAUGGCGCCAUUAUAUAUUUGCUGUUGACUUUGAUUUUUGAGUAGCUCCCUUGCACAACAGAGAGGACAAUUCAUCAGCGCAAUUGUAAAUAUUAUAGAUCUUCCGCGAUUGUUUCCGCGGAAAGACUCCCCUCCCCUCCCUUUUCUCUCUCCCAAAUCGCGUGAUAACGCGAGUUUGCGAUGUGCAUUUUUUAGGGUGCGUGUUAGUUUAUUCUUAUAGUUUACAAAGAAAAAAGUAUAAAAUUUACCGAAUUCUGUAAUACAGCCAAUUAUAAUUACAUAGUAUAAUUCCAGCUGCAUUGGUGAUGCGUUUAGCUGAGAAUAAGACACGAAGUUGUUUUUUUUUUUGUAGUAAGUAAAGCAAAUGUUUUCAUGUGUGGAAAUAAAAAUAAAU